GCAGUUAGACUGUGUAGGGCAGAGUAUGUGUCCACCUGGUUUAAUUAAGAAUUCAAUUACGCACCUUUACCACAUGUCACAUGACCAGGACACCUCCGCGCCUUUCCGCCGCUGCAGCCUCCCUGAAUGCCACGCGCUGUUUUUAACAAACUAUUUAUUGUUGUUUUAGCGCGUGGUGUCGGUCGGACCGGUCCGGCAGGUUUUGGCGCGGCAGAGCAGGUGAGGCAGCGGGGGAAGAAGGGCGGGGAGCCGCCGCCGGAGCUCUCUACAAGCAGGAAGAAGAGGAAAACAUGGUGCGGUGACAAGACGCCCUGACGCCGACUGAGAACACGAUUCACCUUUUAAAAAUACAUCUGCGAAGGACGCUGAAGAUACCUGAGGUGCAAAGAUGAGUCGGCAUCGGGCUCUCUCCCCUGGGCCUGAUGAUGAGGUCAUGCCGUACAGUGACGAUGAGACGGAUGAUGAAUUGGAUGUGACCUCUGAAGAGGAACCAGAGGAGGUCCCAGAAGCACCAGGAGCCCCGCACCCCCCGGUGGAAGCUAGACCCAGCGAGAUGGGAUGGAAGGUGAAAGCCAACGACCGACCUUAUCACCACUUACCCGAGUUUCAGAAAAAAGUCUUCCUGUGCAUCAAGAAGAGCAGAUACUCUGGAAAUGACAUCAAGACAUACAAGUACAACGUCCUCACCUUCCUCCCCCUGAACCUGUACGAGCAGUUUAAGAGAGUUGCCAACCUCUAUUUCCUGGCUCUGCUCAUCUUACAGAUUAUUCCAGACAUUACUACUCUGCCCUGGUACACCACACUGAUUCCUCUGGUGGUGGUGCUGGGAGUCACUGCCAUCAAAGACCUCGUCGACGAUCUGGCACGGCACAGGAUGGACAAGGAGAUCAACAACAGGAAAUGUGAGGUGUUGUUGGAUGGCAGGUUUCAAGAGUCAAAGUGGAGGCACAUGGAGGUUGGAGAUGUGGUUCGCCUAAAGAAGAACGACUUUAUUCCGGCUGACCUUCUGCUAUUAUCCAGCUCCAACCCGAACAGCCUGGUCUACGUAGAAACAGCUGAACUGGAUGGAGAGACCAACCUGAAGUUCAGGCUGGGGCUCAGAGUGACUGAUGAGAAGCUGCAGCAUGAGCGUCAGCUGGCUGACUUCAAUGCUCUGAUUGAAUGCGAGGAGCCAAACAAUCGGCUGGACAAAUUUGUGGGGACGAUGCUGUGGGAGAGGGAGCGUUACCCUUUGGACGCGGACAACAUGCUGCUCCGAGGCUGCACCAUCAGAAACACUGACAUGUGUCACGGCCUCGUCAUCUUCGCAGGAGCCGACACCAAAAUCAUGAGGAACGGUGGGAAGACGAGAUUUAAGAGGACCAAAAUUGACGAGCUGAUGAACUACAUGGUUUACACGAUCUUCGCCCUGCUGAUCCUGGUGGCGGCAGGUCUGGCCAUUGGUCACAGCUUCUGGUACGAGGAGAUCGGCUCUAAGGCCUGGUAUCUGUACGACGGCAAAGACCAAGACGCCUCCUACAGAGGCUUCCUCAGCUUCUGGGGAUACAUCAUCGUCCUCAACACCAUGGUGCCCAUUUCACUAUAUGUCAGUGUGGAGGUGAUUCGUCUGGGCCAGAGUAAGUUCAUCAACUGGGAUCUGCAGAUGUAUUUCUCAGAUAAAGACACACCAGCAAAGGCUCGAACCACCACCCUGAACGAGCAGCUCGGUCAGAUCGAGUACAUCUUCUCUGACAAGACGGGAACUCUCACACAGAACGUCAUGGCGUUCAAGAAGUGCACCAUCGCUGGACGCAGCUACGGUGAACCGACUACCGCUGAGGGAGUGGUGCUGGACCGAGGAAGGCCGGUGGACUGGAGCUGGAACCGGCAGGCUGACAAAAAGUUCCAGUUCAUGGAUAAUUCCCUGGUGGCCUGUGUUCGAUCUGGGAAGGAUAAAGACGCUAAUGAGUUCUUCAAACUGCUCUCCCUCUGCCACACUGUCAUGGUUGAGGAGCAUGAAGACGGUGAACUGGUGUACCAGGCGGCGUCUCCUGAUGAAGGCGCCCUGGUGACAGCAGCCAGGAACUUCGGCUACGUCUUUCUGUCUCGUACGCAGGACACCAUCACCAUCAGGGAGAUGGAUCGGGAGGCCACCUACGAGAUGUUGGCGCUGCUGGACUUCAACUCCGACCGCAAGCGCAUGUCUAUCAUCUUGAAGUUUCCUGACGGCCGUAUUCGUCUCUACUGCAAAGGAGCCGACACUGUCAUCUACGAGAGACUUUCCCCCAACUCCAGACACAAAGAAACUACUCAGACAGCUCUGGAUAUUUUUGCCAACGCCACCCUGCGGACACUCUGCUUGUGUUACAAAGACAUCACCACAGCAGAGUAUGAAGCCUGGUCCAGGAUACACAAAGAGGCCCAGGUGACCAUGGUGGACAGGGACGCUGCUCUUGACCGGGUUUACGAGCAGAUUGAGGGCAACCUGAUGCUGAUUGGGGCGACCGCCAUUGAGGACAAAUUGCAGGAAGGAGUGCCAGAGACCAUCGCCAAGCUGGCCAAAGCCGAAAUCAAGAUCUGGGUCCUGACUGGAGAUAAGAAAGAAACGGCAGAGAACAUUGGAUUUUCUUGUUCACUUUUGACAGACGACAUGCAGAUCCACUAUGGAGAAGACGUCAAUGAGAAGCUGAGCAUUCGUCAGGCCAAGAGGAGAAACGAGCCUCCAGUUAUACGUCGAGGCAAAAAGAAACCUGCGGAGCCUUUCUUUACUACACCAGGCAAAAACGCUCUAAUCAUCACCGGAGGAUGGCUGAAUGAGAUUUUGUACGAGAAGAAGAAGAAGCGCCGACGUCUACGCCUGCGUCGUCUGGGAAAGCGGUCGACUCCCACCAGCCCUCAGGACGGACAGCCCAUGGACGAUUGGGAAAAGGAGAGGAGACAGAUUGACUUUGUGGACAUGGCCUGUGAGUGCGAGGCGGUCAUCUGCUGUCGCGUCACACCGAAGCAGAAGGCGAACGUGGUCAGUCUGGUGAAGAAGUACAAGAAAGCGGUGACGCUGUCCAUCGGAGACGGAGCCAACGACGUCAACAUGAUCAAGACUGCAGACAUCGGUGUUGGGAUCAGCGGUCAGGAGGGGAUGCAGGCCGUCAUGUCCAGCGACUACGCCUUCGCCCAGUUCCGUUACCUGGAGCGCCUCCUGCUGGUGCACGGACGCUGGUCCUACAUCCGAAUGUGCAAGUUCCUACGGUUCUUCUUCUUUAAAAACUUCGCCUUCACGCUGGUUCACUUCUGGUACUCCUUCUUCAGUGGAUACUCUUCACAGGUCACCUAUGAAGACUGGUUCAUCACGCUCUACAAUCUGUGUUACAGCAGCUUACCUGUUCUCCUAGUUGGACUUCUUGACCAGGACGUUAAUGACAAACUGAGCCUAAAGUUCCCCAAACUCUACCUGCCGGGCCAGCAGGGAACAAUGUUCAACUACAGGAACUUCUUCAUCAGCUUGUUCCAUGGCAUCUUCGUUUCUCUCAUCAUCUUCUUCAUCCCCUAUGGAGCCUUCCUGCAGACCAUGGGGCAGGAUGGAGAAGCCCCCUCCGACUACCAGUCCUUCGCGGUCGUCACCGCCUCAUCACUCAUUUUCACAGUCAACCUACAGAUCUCUCUGGAUACCUCCUACUGGACCUUCGUUAACUGCUUUGCAGUUUUGGGCAGCAUAGCCAUCUACUUUGGCAUCAUGUUUGACAUCCACAGCGCCGGGAUCCACGUCAUCUUCCCCUCAACAUUCACCUUCACCGGUGCAGCAUCAAACGCUCUGCGUCAGCCCUACCUGUGGUUAACCAUCAUCCUGACGGUGGGCAUCAGCCUGCUGCCCGUCAUCUGCAUCCAGUUCCUCUAUAAAAGCAUCUGGCCCUCUGUAGGAGAUAAGAUCCAGAGAAACCGGAAGAGGUACGAGAUGGAGCUAGAAGAGGAAGAGAAGAAAAAGCCGUCAGCAUUCCAGCGCGGUCGGCGAUCCCGCCGUUCCGCCUAUGCCUUCUCUCAUUCCCGUGGCUACGCCGACCUCAUCGCGUCGGGGCGGAGCAUCCGGCGGCGCCCGACAGGACGCGAUAGAACCCAGGAGAGCAUCAGGGAGGUUCCUCAGAGAGAGGCUGAAAACAUCUGACGGGGCUGAGCUUGAGACGGAGCAAAACUGCAGCCAGUGGGGGUGUAAAUAUUUGGGAAAGUUCAAGGAGCGCUUGGUUCACCUUUAUAUGUGGAGUUGCUGCUGAAAUUGUUAACAUCAGACCGCCCGGUCGGAUUUAAAAGGACAUCUUCUUUUGGGGUAUUCAAGUCCCUCGGAGAGAGAUAAAAGAAAAGUGCUCAUAAAAGUUCAGCAGAAGGUUGAAUGAAGUGCUACUGAAUGACUCCACUGCCUGCAGUCCCUCCUCUACGCAGACUCUGUCAAAAAGCAAAUUAAAAAAAAGCUCACCGAAGAGAUGACCGCGGUUACCGGGGUUUCAGGUCAUACAGCGACUGUGUGGCUGACAAUGUUGUCUAACUCAGGAUUUUUAAAAUAAAAGCUUUAUUUUUAGUCUGUUUGUCCCUGCUCUCCACUGGAUGUGGAGCUGUAACGUUAUUUAAUAUGCUUUUUUUUUUGUUUGUUUUUUGACAUUCACAGUUUUAGCGCGAUAUCUGCGCAGCACUUGAUAUGUUAGUGUUUUAUUAAAAUGUAAAAUUAUAUAUUUCAGUCAAUUUGUCCCUUAUCUACACGAUAUCAGACUGCAUCUCCAAAUUAAUUUCUGUCCGUUGAGAUGCAAAUCCAAAGUUUUCCCUUCACAUUAAAACAAUGUCCUGAAGCUAAACAUGAUGGGCCAGAGCUAAACAUGUUAAGGUAUCCUCUUUUAAUGUUUUAUCAUAAAUAAUGGUGCGCUGUUAUCAUGCCAGGUUAUGCAAGGUGGUCAGAUGUUAUAAAGUGUCUUAAUUUAAAAAAUAAGUUGUAAAUAGUGUCCUCUGCUGUAUCAAAUGUCCCAAGUGUCCUUAUAGAUGGAUGUUGUAGUUAAGAGUUAGAUGGACGUCAACUGUUUCAGCCUUUUAAAUACCUUUUUCUACCUGAAUCCUAAUAUAAUUUGUUCUAUAACUCACCUGUUGUUCUUUUAUUCAGUUCAGGUGCUGUAAACAGUGUAGGGAACCUGCAAGGAGCUCCAGUUCGUCUUCCUUCAACAACAGUGUUUGAAUUCAAAUGCUCCUUACUUCUCAUGGGGAAAGAAACACAGCAAGGGUGACUAGCUUUAUCUUCAUUUGUCUUAGAAGUUUGUUCUUUUCUAUUUUUUUAAAAUUGCAUGUUCCUUAAGUCAACAAGGAUUUUUGCGUGUCACUGGUUGUUUACAACGAACCCAAAGAAUGUCUUUCUCCAGUCCUAUAUAAUCAGAUAUAGGACAUCUGCUAAGCCAAAACUGACACAUUCCUGUUCUGACUGUUACUCUACCGCCUUCAUGUUAGUGUUACUGUACGCAGAUGAUGUCUUUUUAUUACUGAAUGAAUGGAGGCAGUAGAUGUGGACUGCUGUUGAUGGUACCAGCAACAGUUUGCUCUGUCAUAUGAUGGUAUUUUAUCAUGUGGUUGUUAAUAAAAGCCAAGGGCACAUUUAGCAAUCUGA